AUGACACAAAGUUCAAAUUCGAGAAAUAUUGGGAAUUCUUCUUUUGGAAGCUCCACAUCUGACGUUACCAAGGAUGACACCAAACCUAAGCCGACCAAGAAAGGCAUAUUGUCCCUAGCCUCUCCUGUCGACUAUUUGCUAUUAGUGUUAGGCUCUCUAGCAUCAAUUAUCCAUGGAGCAGGAUUUUCUAUCCUUGGUAUUGUACUGGGUGGAAUGACAACGGUCUUCCUUAAAGCUCAAAAUUCCGAUUUUGUGCUUGGGGAGAAUAUGAGCGAUCCAAAUGGAUUGCCGCAACUCACACAAGACGAAUUUAAUCGAGAAGUGAAAAAAUAUUGUCUAUACUAUCUUCUACUAGGUGUAGCAAUGUUUGUGACCUCAUAUAUCCAGAUUGCCAGCUUUGAAAGCUAUGCGGAAAAA